CUCUCCAUCAAUGCCUUUGACUAUAACUGUCACUUGGACCUGAUAAAGCUGCUCCGCCAGGAGGGAGAGCUGGUGAAGCUCAGGAGAGCUCGGCAGAAGAUGAGUGAACUCUUUCCACUUACCGAAGAAAUCUGGCUGGACUGGCUGAAGGAUGAGAUAAAAAUGGCUUCUGAAAGCUCGGAGCGAGAGAAGGUUUAUGAGCUCUUUGAGAGAGCUGUGAAAGACUACAUCUGUCCUGAAAUCUGGCUGGAAUAUGCCCAGUAUUCAAUCGGUGGCAUUGGUCAGGAGGGAGGAAUCGAGCGAGUUCGCUCCAUAUUCGAGAGGGCGCUGACGGCAGUGGGGCUGCACGUGACGAAGGGCACGGCGCUCUGGGAGGCGUACCGGGAGUUUGAGAACGCCGUCCUGGAGACAGCACAGCCAGCUCCUGGCAGUGUUCCAUCUCCCGAGCAGCAGCAGAUGCUCUGCAGCCAGCUUGAGAAGAUCCACACGCUGUUCAGGCGCCAGCUGGGGAUCCCGCUGCUGGAUAUGGAGGCUUCCUAUGCUGAGUAUGAGGAGUGGUCAGAAGAUCCGAUUCCAGAAACAACAGUAAAGAACUACAAGAAAGCUCUACAGCAAUUGGAGAAGUGCAAACCCUAUGAAGAGGCACUGCUGGGUGCUGAAACACCAAAGCUGGCAGAAUAUCAAGCUUACAUUGAUUUCGAAAUGAAAGCAGGUGAUCCAGCUCGCAUCCAGUUGAUCUAUGAGAGGGCUUUGGCUGAGAACUGCUUGGUGCCAGACCUUUGGGCACGCUACAAUCAGUAUUUGGACCGGCAGCUGAAGGUGAAGGAAUUGGUCUUGUCCGCUCAUGACCGCGCUGUUCGGAACUGUCCCUGGACGGUGGGGCUGUGGAUUAGGUAUCUGCUGGCGAUGGAGAGGCACAGAGUUGAUCACAGCAUUAUUUCUGAAAUGUUUGAAAAGGCUCUGAAUGCAGGUUUUAUUCAGGCAACAGACUAUGUAGAAAUCUGGCAGGCAUACCUUGAUUACCUGAGAAGAAGGGUGGAUUUUACACAAGACUCGAGUAAGGAACUGGAAGAGCUGCGGUCUGCAUUUGCCCGUGCUGUGGAGUAUUUGAAACAAGAAGUAGAAGAGAGAUUCAGUGAAAGUGGAGAUCCAUCCUGCACCAUCAUGCAGAACUGGGCAAGAGUUGAGGCUCGCUUGUGUAACAACAUGCAGAAAGCCAGAGAACUUUGGGACAACAUUAUGACUAAAGGGAAUGCCAAAUAUGCUAACAUGUGGCUGGAGUAUUAUAACCUAGAAAGAGCUCAUGGUGAUACUCAGCACUGCAGGAAGGCCUUGCACCGAGCAGUGCAGUGCACCAGUGACUAUCCAGAGCACGUCUGUGAGGUGCUGCUCACGCUGGAGAGAAUAGAAGGAACUCUGGAAGACUGGGAUGCAGCUGUUCAAAAAACAGAGAACAGACUAGCUCGAGUCAAUGAACAAAGAGCAAAGGCUGCUGAGAAAGAAGCUGCUCUGGCAAAGCUGGAGGAGGAGAAAGCUGAACAGCGAAAGCAGGCUCGGGCGGAAAAGAAAGCUUCCAAAAAGGCAAAGAAAGCCAGGACUGGGGACAAGCGCAAAGCAGAUGAUGAUGAUGAGGGUGAAUGGGGACAAGAGGAAGAAGCAGAGCAGCCCAGCAAGAGACACAAGGGCGAUGGUGUGCUUGAAGAAGACAUGGAGGUAGAAAUGGGGCUGUUUGGGAGAAGUGGACCUGAAAAGGCAGAUCGCCCAGCAAACCAGAAGGAAAAGGCAACUACCAGUCGAAAGGACAUCCCCAAGGUGUUACAUGACAGCAGUAAGGACAACGUAACCGUCUUUGUCAGCAACCUCUCCUACAACAUGGCAGAGCCAGAGGUGAAACUGAAAGAGCUCUUUGAGAGCUGUGGGGAGGUGGCAGAAAUCCGUCCUGUGUUCAGCAACAAGGGGACGUUCCGGGGCUACUGCUACGUGGAAUUCAAGGAGGAGAAAUCUGCUCUCCAGGCCCUUGGCUUGGAUCGUCAAGCUGUGGAGGGGAGACCGAUGUUUGUGUCUCCAUGUGUUGACAAGAACAAGAAUCCAGACUUCAAGGUGUUCAGGUACAGCACUACACUGGAGAAACACAAACUGUUUAUAUCUGGUUUGCCGUUUUCCUGCACUAAGGAAGAGCUGGAAGAUGUGUGUAAAGCACAUGGGAAUGUGAAAGACAUCCGGCUGGUCACCAACCGAGCUGGCAAACCCAAGGGCCUGGCCUAUGUGGAAUAUGAAAACGAAGCUCAGGCCUCGCAGGCUGUGCUGAAAAUGGAUGGCUUGACAGUUAAGGAGCACGUCAUCAAGGUGAUGAUCAGUAACCCCCCGCUCCGAAAGCUGCCGGACAAGGCUGAGGCGGGCAGAGCCUCGCAGUUUGCGGUGCCGCGCCAGGUCUAUGGAGCGCGAGGGAAGGGCAGGACACAGCUUUCCAUGGUGCCUCGUGCGUUGCAGCGCCAGGGUAAUCCUGUGGCUAAGGCUGAGAAUGGGAUGGUCCAGAACUCACCAGCAGCUUCGUCCGCCCCCCCCGAGGAGCCGAAGAAGAUGUCCAAUGCUGAUUUUGCCAAGAUGCUACUGAAAAAGUGAGCAAAAAGUCUGCAAUCAGCGGGUCUGGUAAAAUGUGAAAUGCCUUUAUGGAAGCCAUGUUGUGUCCUUACGCUAGCAAGGAGAGAACGCCAGUCACAAUCACGUGUAAAUACUGUUCUGGACUCCUGCAUUCAUUGACACCAGUGUAGGAUGGUACAAAUCCAGGGUUUGUUUUUUUUCCUCUGUUUGUAAGAGCAAAGAGUUAUGCUAUGUUCUGGUAAAACGGCAUUAUAUGAUUCCUCAUAUUGAGGGUAACGAGGAGGGAAGUGUUUCCUGUACAGGUCGGAUGCCACGUCGGGUUUAAUGAAUACUUUACAGAUGUCUCUUUCGUUAAGGAACGAGAUGCAAUGUGAAAG